AACGCAACGCAAGAACAUGGAAAGAAGGCUACGUACAUUUCAUUUAUCUACUCCCAUUCGUACACCAUCGCGAUCUCAACCACCGUCUCCUGCGGUUUGUUUACGCGAUCUCUGUACGAUCGAUCGAUCGAUCGCUGUCGAGACUGCCGGCCGCGGCCACGCCGCUGGGUUGCCGGCCGGCUAUGGAGCCGCGACGGUCACGCGCUCCUUUGUUCGCGGGGUCAGGCGGCAUGGGCAUAUAAGGUCCGUCCAUGGCCGCGGUCGAAUGAAGAUUGCACCGUCCGUUUGUUAGAGCUUAGCGCUACCCAGCAGCCUAGCAGCUAGCACGUACGGCGAGGCGACUGAACGACGGCGGCCAGAGGAUGAGGCUGCCGAGCCCGUACACGGGGGUGUUCAGGGGCGGGUCGACGGCGAGGACGGGGCCGCACGCUCUGCCUCUGGCGCGGAUCAAGAAGAUCAUGAAGCGGUCGGCGCGGGACGGCAGCGGCGGCGACGGCGCCGGGGCGAGGAUGAUCUCGUGCGAGGCGCCGGUGUUGUUCUCCAGGGCGUGCGAGCUGUUCGUCGCCGAGCUGACGCGCGCCGCCUGGGACGCCACGCUUGAGGGCCGGCGCCGGACCGUGCACGCCGAGGACGUCGCCGCCGCCGUCAGGGACACCAACGUCUUCGACUUCCUCGUCGACGUCGUCAAGGCCAGGCCGAGUGACGAUGGCGUCAAUGCUGGGGACGGUGAAGGCGGCGUCGCGCCGGCCGUAGGUGUCCACGGCGGCAUGCAGGGUCGUAGGUUGUGAUUAUGAAAUCAAACUAUGCCGCGAUUAAUUGCACUGAUAGGAUACAAAUGUUUCAUGAUUACAAGCUACCCAAAUGUUUCAUGAUUACAA